GGGCCGCAGAGACCCCAGAGCCGCGUUAUGGCGGCGGCGAGGGUGCUUCUCCUGUCCGGACGGCCAGAGUCGGUGAGCUUCGUGCAGAGCGUGUGUGGCCUCCUGGGCGCCGGGCCGGGGCUCGGGCCGUGGCCCACGUACUGCGGCCUCAAGCGGGGACAACUCGUCCUGUCGGACAGGCCGUUCCCAGGCGCCUCCGCCAGGCUUCCGCUCCAGCGACCCCCUUUCUGCCCUUUUUCGGCCCUGGAUCAGCAGCCCAGGGCUCCUGGGGCCGAGCUGCCCACGAAUCGAGGUGUGGAUCUGGCUGUGGCAGUCGUUCUGCAGUCCAGCGAUCAGACUGUCUUGCUGACCCGAAGGACACGCACUCUCAACGUUUCCCCCAACCUCUGGGUACCCCCAGGUGGGCACGUGGAACCUGAUGAAGAGCUGCUGGACGGAGGACUUCGAGAGCUUUGGGAGGAGAGUGGACUACAGCUACCCCAGGGCCAGUUCUUUUGGGUCCCUCUGGGGUUAUGGGAGUCUGCCUACCCUCCUAGGCUGAGCUGGGGUCUCCCCAAAUACCAUCACAUCAUUCUCUAUCUACUUGUCAUCUCCCAGGAGUCACAGCAGCAGCUACAGGCCCGGAUCCAACCAAACCCAAGAGAGGUGAGCGCCCUUAUGUGGCUGGGACCAGAUGUAGCAGCUGCGGUGGCUGCCACAGAGGAUGGGACAGAGACACCCAGACAUCUUCCCCAGGACCUACCGCUUUCUGUCCUCGCAGUGGAACUAGAAGAGAAUGGAGGAGCUCAACCUCUGGUCUUACCCACGUCCACACUGCUGCGGACGACCCCAGCCACGGCAGAUAGCAAAGAGAGGGUCAGCACUGGGACCAAGUUUGCCCUCAGGCUCUGGCUACAGCAUCUGGGCAGUGUGACACCCCUACCAUGUGGAAGUGGAGCUCACUCAGACCCAGGGCCUGCAAGGGAAGAACAGAACGUGGACCAUCCCCCUGCCACAAACCAGGGAUCUGGAAAGCAAAGUGCUUAAUCCCCUCCCCAGCCCACCUCUGUGACACUCACAGAACAUCCACAACCUUUAUUAUGGGUAAGAACUUUGCUACAGCUGUGGGAAUAGAAAGUAAAAUUACAACAUAGACCCUAGGCCCUAGAGGAGCCUGAAAAGGGAGACUGGAGAGAGCACAAGGGUGCUCCCACCUCCCAGGAAAGGUGCAGAAUGAGCCAGACCUAACCACAGGGCCAUGGGCCUUUAGAAGCUCAGGCCCCAGGCUGGUCAGCAUAAGCAUCAUUGUGAACUUACUUAAAUAUAUAAAUAGAGACCCAGGCAAUUGGCCAGGCCCUUCUCCCAAACCCCUGGGGAUCAGGGCUAAGGCCUUAUCUCCUCCUCAGUCACACUGAGAAGCAGGAGGCAGGGAAAGUCAUCUUUGGAGUAUUUUGGUUUUUCUUGUUUACACACAAAAAAUAUACAACCCAAAAUAGAGUUCUCUGUCCAUGUGUCUGCCUAUCUCAGUUACUCCAGCUGUCUGUUUGGCCAAAGAGAACGGAAUGGACAUGAAGAGACAAUGGAUAUGGGGAAGGAACACAGCCGGCUUUGGGGAAUGGGAAGAG